GUGUUUUCCUGUGACAGUAGAGCGAGAGAAGCAGAAAUGUGACAGCUCAGUCGUGUGGCAGGAUUCAAGCAGAAAGACAGGCACCCAGGCCGGGCAGAAGCAGUGGGAGACGCCGCUGUAGACCACCGGAACGGAGAGUGGAUUUGGCUUCACCACAACAAACAUCCAUUGAUGGAAAAUAAAGAGGAACCAGCAAAGAACGAAAACAGAAGUCAACCAGUGACAGUUUCGCCCAACAACUGUCUUAAACGAACCUGUCGCCUUAGGUCAACUUACAAAGCGCGAAGAUUGAAGACAGAAGAGAGUCUGGUCACACACGUCACAUUGUCUUCUCCCUCUCCUUCUCCCUAGUCCUUUCCUUCAGUCCUCCUUCUCCCAAGUCCUUUCCUUCAGUCCUCCUUCUCCCAAGUCCUUUCCUUCAGUCCUCCUUCUCCCAAGUCCUUUCCUUCAGUCCUCCUUCUCCCAAGUCCUUUCCCUUCAGUCCUCCUUCUCCCAAGUCCUUCCCUUCAGUCCUCCUUCUCCCAAGUCCUUUCCCUUCAGUCCUCCUUCUCCCAAGUCCUUUCCCUUCAGUCCUCCUUCUCCCAAGUCCUUUCCCUUCAGUCCUCCUUCUCCCAAGUCCUUUCCCUUCAGUCCUCCUUCUCCCAAGUCCUUUCCCUUCAGUCCUCCUUCUCCCAAGUCCUUUCCCUUCAGUCCUCCUUCUCCCAAGUCCUUUCCCUUCAGUCCUCCUUCUCCCAAGUCCUUUCCCUUCAGUCCUCCUUCUCCCAAGUCCUUUCCUUCAGUCCUCCUUCUCCCAAGUCCUUUCCUUCAGUCCUCCUUCUCCCAAGUCCUUUCCUUCAGUCCUCCUUCUCCCAAGUCCUUUCCUUCAGUCCUCCUUCUCCCAAGUCCUUUCCUUCAGUCCUCCCUCUCCCAAGUCCUUUCCUUCAGUCCUCCCUCUCCCAAGUCCUUUCCUUCAGUCCUCCCUCUCCCAAGUCCUUUCCUUCAGUCCUCCCUCUCCCAAGUCCUUUCCUUCAGUCCUCCCUCUCCCAAGUCCUUUCCUUCAGUCCUCCCUCUCCCAAGUCCUUUCCUUCAGUCCUCCCUCUCCCAAGUCCUUUCCCUUUAAACAGCCACCAUCAUGGCUUCCAAACUGAAUCCGAAUAUCCUAUACGUCCAAGAACCACAGGAGUCUCACUCAUCAUUGGAAACUGACCACCUUGCGCAGCCCGAACCCGGUGAAGAGAGCUCCGAUAGUGACGGAGAGCCAGAUGAGACGGAGCAGAAGCUAAUCCGAAAGGUGUCCACAUCGGGGCAGCUACGUGCCAAGAAAAGUGUGAAGGAGGGGAUUCUAUUGAAACAGACUAGUUCAUUCCAGAGAUGGAAAAGGAGGUUCUUCAAAUUGAGAGGAAGGACACUUUACUAUGCCAAAGACUCAAAGUCUCUGAUAUUUGACGAGGUGGACCUAUCAGACGCCAGCGUGGCCGAGACCAGCACCAAGAACAUCAACAACAGCUUUACGGUGAUCACUCCGUUCAGGAAGCUGAUGCUAUGUGCAGAGAGCAGGAAGGAGAUGGAGGAUUGGAUUGGUGCUCUGAAGUCUGUACAGAAAUGGGAGACUUACGAGACCAGUCUAUUUAAUAUGGAACAUUUCUCUGGGAUGCAUAACUGGUAUGCCUGUUCCCACGCCAGACCCACCUUCUGUAACGUCUGCAGAGAGGCCCUCUCCGGAGUCACCUCACAUGGACUGUCCUGUGAAGUGUGUAAGUUCAAGGCCCAUAAGCGCUGUGCGGUGCGCUCCACCAACACCUGUAAAUGGACCACGCUGGCCUCCAUAGGAAAUGACAUCAUGGAGGAUGAGGAUGGGGUGUCCAUGCCUCACCAGUGGUUAGAAGGGAACCUGCCGGUCAGUGCUAAGUGUGUGGUGUGUGAUCGGAACUGUGGCAGUGUCAGGAGACUGCAGGACUGGAGGUGUCUAUGGUGCACAGCUAUUGUCCACAGCAGCUGUAAAGAGCAGAUGGGAAAGGUGUGUCCUCUGGGUCAGUGUCGCGUCUCAAUCAUCCCUCCUACAGCCCUCAACAGUAUCAACUCUGACGGCUUCUGGAAGGCCACCUCUCCCUCCUGCACCUCUCCUCUCCUGGUCCUCUGUAACUCUAAGAGUGGAGACAACCAAGGAGUUAAGUUCCUGAGGAAGUUUAAACAGCUCCUCAACCCUGCACAGGUCUUUGACUUAAUGAAUGGAGGGCCUCAGCUGGGUCUGCGUGUGUUCCAGAAGUUUGCCACGUUUCGUAUCUUGGUGUGCGGAGGAGAUGGCAGUGUUGGUUGGGUGCUGUCUGCACUGGACAAACUAAACCUGCACAAACAGUGCCAGCUAGGUGUGCUCCCCCUGGGGACAGGUAAUGACCUAGCCAGGGUGCUGGGCUGGGGAGCGCUGUGUGACGAUGACACUCAGCUGCUACAGAUCGUAGAGAAGCUGGAGAGAGCCACCACCAAGAUGCUGGACAGGUGGAGUGUGAUGACAUACGAGCUUCCCACCAAACACUGUCCAAUGGUGAAGGAAGACUAUUUUAGUCCCGACUCACCCUUACAGGUCCACAUCACUCAGUAUGCAGACUCUGUGGCCUCCCACCUCACCAAAAUCCUGGACUCGGACAAACCCACUGAUGUCAUAUCCUCUGCCAAGUUUUUGUGUGGGACGGUGAAUGAUUUUGUAGCAGAGGUGGGGAGAGCGUAUGAGAGAGCCACAGAGAACAAGGAGGAGGCCGAUGCUAUGGCCAAGAAGUGUACUCUGUUGAAUGAGAAGCUGGGCAGCCUGGUGAAGGCUCUGAGUGAGGAGGCUGAUGCCAAGGUGGUUCCAGUGGGCAGCGUGCCACCCCACGAGGACCAGGAGGGGGGCACAGACACCCCUGGAAGGGAGCCCCCGUACAGGUCCAGAGAACAGCUGAUGAUGAGAGCUAACAGUCUGAAGAAAGCCCUGAGACAGAUCAUAGAACAGGCUGGGAAAGUGGUAGAUGAACAGAACAGACACACUCAUAUCCAGCACAUGUCUUCCUCCUCGUCCAUAAAGAGAGAGAACAGUGAGGAGCUGACAGAGCCAGAACCACGUCACAUCAGUUUGAGUCCCACGAGUUCCUCUAGCAUCGUCUUGGAGAAACCAGAGAGUCUCAGCCCUCCAUCCUUUAACGAGGAUCAGUGUUCAGAGAAAUGUGUACUGAACAAUUACUUUGGGAUCGGUCUGGAUGCUAAGAUCUCCCUGGAGUUUAACAACAAGAGAGAUGAACAUCCCAAGAAAUGCAGUAGUCGUACUAAGAACAAGUUGUGGUAUGGGGUAAUGGGAACCAAGGAGCUGGUGCAUAAGACGUAUAAGAACCUGGAGCAACGGGUACUGUUGGAGUGUGAUGGUGUCUCUAUAUGUCUGCCCAGUCUUCAGGGACUAGCUGUUCUCAACAUCUCCAGCUAUGCAGGAGGAAUCAACUUCUGGGGUGGCACCAAAGAGGACAGCAACUUUGGCGCCCCGUCAUUUGACGAUAAGAAGCUGGAGGUGGUGGCUGUGUUUGGCAGCAUGCAGAUGGCUGUGUCCAGAGUCAUCAACAUCCAACACCACCGCAUCGCACAGUGUCGUCAGGUAAAGAUCACUAUCCUAGGAGACGAGGGGGUACCAGUACAGGUGGAUGGAGAAGCAUGGAUUCAGCCUCCAGGGAUAGUCAAGAUCACACACAAGAACAGAGCUCAGAUGCUAACCAGAGACCGGAACUUUGAGAGGACUCUGACGUCAUGGGAGGACAAGAGGAAAAUUGACAGCUACCAUUCCUCCAGGCCCCGCCUCAACUCUCAGCAGUCUAUGGAAUACCUCACAGAGGAGGAGUGUGCUCAAGUACAGCAGCUGGGCCUGGUGGCAGACAUGCUCAUCACUAGGAUAAGAGAUGCGGCUAAGACACACAAGCUGGUGGAACAGGAGUUAGCUCAUGCUGUCAACGCCAGUGCCCUGGUCCUCAGUGAAGCCUUCCCCUCCAAGCCGUCCAGCCCUGAGUGUCUGAGUCGCAGUACAGCAGUGGAGAUCGUGAACAGCAGUAGAGUCCUUCAGCUGGAGACCACGAUGCUGCUGGAGGGGAAACUACUGGUGGAUUCUCCCCAGGAAGAGGAGCUCCUCUCUACUCUCAGCAGUCUGAGCGCUGAACUCCACAAGCUGGACGACAUACACUGGAUCUGCCCUGCCAUGCACUGCUCUGAGGAGGUGGCUGACACUGUGAGGGUGAGCGGUAAGAGCAGUAUUAAGAUGAAGAUGAUGCCCAAGGUGAAGAGGGAGAGAGAGAAGCUCCACAAGCAGAAGUCCAAUAGCUCUCUGUCAGCAUCUUGGGAUAUUAAAGGUGGCGCAAAUGAGACGGGUCCUUCAGGCAAUUGAGGAACUUAAACGCAAAGGCUUAACAAGGUACACACCUCGCCAUGGCAGCCAGGGGAGGCGAGGGGUGUCACCCUCUUCUUCCUACGGGACGUGGGCUUUACCUACCGAGGGGUGAGAAGUACAAAAUGAUUCCACGACCCUCCCGCCUUUCAGCUAACACCUCCCCCUUGACUCUCGAUGUUCUCCAUUUUGAAAUUAGGGAGGAGUUGUUUUUAACUAAGGGGUGUGGCUUUGCAUUCUUUUCACCAUUUGGGGUCCUGUUAUUGGUUCUAUUUGGCCUGCUGACCCAGGAGGUGGGCGUGGCUUCUUGAGAUGAAAGCAGAGAAGGAGAAGAGACGCUCUCUUAGCAACUUGUUUCCUUGACGACGCAAUGUGUUUACGUAGGCGGAGCUCUCCUUUGCAUGACAUGAGCAGCCAUUUUUGUUUUUAUUUUUAAAUAACUCCUUUUUUUGGCAGGCGUUUACACUACCCUUCCUCUUUUCUCUCUUUUGUAAUCUUUAUUGACUUUCGUGACAACUUACAGGACUUUUUAGUUUCCUCGAUAAAUCUGAAGUCUGAAGACGACUUUGCUUUCUGUUCCUAUCGCCGUAAGAACAACAAAAAUACAAAUGAACAACAAUGUAAACAACAUCUCAAAUUAUUAACUAGAAAAAUAGACCAUUGCAGGGUCAUAUUGAGGAAUGUACUACAUGUGUGCGUAUUACCUUGUGAAUAUUCAUAUUACCUUGUGAAUAUUCAUAUUACUGUGUGAAUAUUCAUACUACAGUGUGAAUAUUCAUAUUACCGUGUGAAUAUUCAUAAGGUAGUAUGACUGGCCUGAUGUCUCCAUCCCUGCAUGCCUUCCACUCUUCACUAUCCUAUGAGAUGGAAGAAGUAGCCCAGUAGACACUGAUCUAAGGUCAAGAUUAGAAUUAGAAAUCUGAUCCUAGAUCUGUGGUUAGGACAAACAUUCACCAUGAGCUUAUACAUUCCUUAAUGGUCUCGAUUGAGUAUGUGUAUAUAUAUAUAUAUAUAUAUAUAUAUAUUCUCUUGUAGAAAUUGGGUAGCGCCUUAUCUGAAGACACUUCUAUAAACUUUUUUAAUUUUUUUUAUUACGUUAUUAAUAGGAAGAAUAAAUUCAUAAAUAAUAAUAAAUUAGGAAAUGGAUACAACAUGUAUUACAACGUCCUGUAAUAUCUUGAACAUUUAUUUAAUAAUUUUAAUGCUGAACAAACUUGAAAUAAUGAUGUUUAUAGUCAAUCAGAUAAACUGUUAGCUAUAUGAAUGUGCUACUGUACCAUUAGCAUGCUGCUGUUAGAGGCUUUAAUGAGGUACCUUUACAUAUGUGGAAAGUUUCUUACCGGGCGCACUGGUUUAAAAUGACAUAUGACGAUUGUGUGUGUGUAUGUGCAAACGACACUGUGUGUGUGUCGUUAAUUUUACUGUGUCGUUCGAGUUUACUGUAUGUUGCCUUGCACUUUACAAAGCGAAACUUAAAGAACACAUUUGUGUGUGUGUGUGUUGUAAAGUGACCGUUGCUAUGACAACGGUCCCUCUCCGUCGUAUUUAUGACAAAUCUAUACAGAGAUAAUUGUGUGUUAAUAUAUAAAUAUAACCAAGCGAAUGUUAAAGUGUGUGUGUAUAUAUAUAAAUAUAUAUAUAUAUAUAUAUAUAUAUACACACACACACACAGUACCAGUCAAAAGUUUGGACACACCUACUGUACUCAUUCAAGGAUUUUUCUUUAUUUUGACUAUUUUCUACGUUGUAGAAUAAUAGUGAAGACAUCAAAAUUAUGAAAUAACACAUAUGGAAUCAUGUAGUAUUUUAGAUUCUUCAAAGUAGCCUUGAUGACAGCUUUGCACACUCUUGGCAUUCUCUCAACCAGCUUCAUGUGGAAUGCUUUUCCAGCUGUCUUGAAGGAGUUCCCUCAUAUGCUGAGCACUUGUUGGGUGCUUUUCCUUCGCUCUGCGGUCCAACUCAUCCCUAACCAUCUCAAUUGGGUUGAGGUUAGGUGAUUGUGGAGGACAGCUCAUCUGAUGCAAAAUUCCAUCACUCUCCUUCUUGGUCUAAUAGCCCUUACACAGCCUGGAGGUGUGUUUUGGGUCAUUGUACAGUUGAAAAACAAAUUAUAGUCCCACUAAGCGCAAACCAGAUGGGAUGGCGUAUCGCUGCAGAGUGCUGAUUAAGUGUGCCCUUAAUUCUAAAUAAAUCACAGACACUGUGACCAGAAAAGCAACAUCACACCUCCUCCUCCAUGCUUCACAGUGGGAACCACACAUGCGAAGAUCAUCCGUACACGUGCUCUGCAUCUAACAAAGAACCGGCAGUUUGAACCAAAAAUCUCAAAUUUGGACAGAUUUCCACCGGUCUAAUGUCAAUUACUCGUGUUUCUUGGACCAAGCAAGUCUCUUCUUGUUAUUGGUGUCCUUUAGUAGUGGUUUCUUAGCAGCAUUCGACCAUGAAGGCCUGAUUCACACAGUCUCCUCUGAACAGUAGAUGUUGAGAUGUGUCUUUUGACUUGAACUCUGAAGCAUUUAUUUGGGCUGCAAUCUGAUGUGCAGGUAACUCUAAUGAAUUUAUCCUCUGCAGGAGAGGUAACUCUGGGUCUCCUUUUCCUGUGGCGGUCCUCAUGAGAGCCAGUUUCAUCGUAGUGCUUCAUGUUUUUUCCUGAUUGACUGACCUUCAUGUCUUAAAGUAAUGAUGGAGUUCUUUCUCUUUGGUUAUUUGAGCUGUUCUUGCCAUAUUGUGGACUUGGUCUUUUACCAAAUAGGACUAUUUUCUGUAUACCCCUACCUUGUCACAACACAACUGAUUGGCUCAAACGCAUUAAGAAGGAAUGAAAUCCCACAAAUUAACUUUUAACAAGGCACACCUGUUAAUUGAAAUUCUUUUCACGUGACUACCUCAUGAACUGGUUGAUAGCAUGCCAAGAGUGUGCAAAGCUGUCAUCGAGGCAAAGGUUGGCUACUUUGAAGAAUCUCAAAUCUAAAAUAUAUUUUGAUUUGUUUAACAUUAUUUUGGUCACUACAUGAUUCCAUAUGUGUUAUUCCAUAGUUUUCAUGUCUUCACUAUUAUUCUACAGCAAAAAAAAAUAGAAAAUAAAGAAAAACCCUUGAAUGAGUAUGUGUGUCCAAACGUUUGACUGGUACUGUAUAUAAAGGAUUUGUGGUACUGUGUAUGUUUUACAGGGUUGCAAAAUUCCAGGUAACUCCCCAAAUUCCCAUGUUUUAUAGAAAUCCUGAUUGGAAGAUGUUUUAACCUGAAGGGAAUCAGCAGGAAAUCCAGGAAUCAUCCAACAAGGAAAGUCUAAGGAAUUUUGCAACCCUGAUGUUCUCAGUCAACACAAUCUCACGGAAGAACGUAUUCUCAAACAUGCUACUGCAAGGUUACUCCAAGGUUACGCCAACCGUUCCUUAGCAACUGUUUGUGUGUCUGUUGCGCGGUACUAGGAUAUCGGUACUGAACAGUGUUGAAGUCUUCAUGUGACAUAAAAUAUAUAGCUGUCAAUCGCCAAGGUACUGAGAGGAACGGAGAACAAUGCAACAACGUCUUGUCGGACUACAUGUCACGGUUGUGUGUAUUUGACAAUACGUUUUUGUGAACUCACUUUGUCUUGUGAACGCCCCCCUUACAGACAGAAGGACUCUGCUCUGCAAUGCUGGACUUGAUGUUGCACGUUGUUUGUUCAAAGAUGUUGAAUAAUAUUGUGCUGUUAAUUGGUUGUGCUGGUUGAUCGCUGUAACCAGGCUGGGAGGUUAGCCUUUGGACCUAACAUUAUUCCGUAGUCCUAAGUGUCAAGAUGUUGUAUAUUAUACUAUUUAAUGGUAUAAAUUGAUAAGAAGGGAUGGAAUUGAAUUGUGAAUCUUUGAUGUCAUCAUGUAUUGGACUUGAUUGAGUAUUGCAAAUAUACGUUUUUUUUUUUUUAGCUUCGAGCCAACCCAUUAUUUUGACACGUUACUCGACAGAAAUGUUUACUUUGCCAAUAAGAUGAUGAUCGCGCCUAGAAGCGAUGAAUUGACUUGUUUUACAGGCAUAUGAUUAUUUUUUAUCAGUGACUUUAAUCUGGGAUUGGAUCAAAAGGCGCGUUGUCGUCGACUAGAGCUCUGCACGUGAAAGGUCAAAGGUCAUUUACGAUGUCCCAGGAUCUGGUCCUAGCCUGUCUACGUGUGCGUGUGUCAAGUGCGACACAUAAUGCAAGUUCGAUAGAUGGAGUUCCUCCUUUUGGUUUUAAUGAAUAUUACAGCACAUUUAACGCCAUGUCACACACUGUACACACAAACAGAAAGGAUGUAGCUGAAUAUUCAAUACAGUAGGCCUUAUUUCAUUACAACAAAAUCUUAGUAUGGUGUCCAUAUUAGGACAUUGAUUCUGACCCCUGACUAUGUCCUAAUAUGGACACUGUACCAGAGGGUAGAGAGAAACUCCUCUAUAACAGAUUGAUAUUUGUAUCUGUGCGUACAGUAGAGAUCAAUACCAUUUCUUUAUAAAUAAAAAACCAGUAACAGUCUUACAGCCUUACCGUUCCUAGGACUGUAGGGAAGAUGGACAAUAAAAUAGAUCAAUCACUCUCACAUCUAGUGAGACCAUCCUCUUGACCUUAACAGUCGGGGUCGGACAAUCAAUCAAACACGGGCGUCUCCUACGCUUCUCGAAGAUUCUGAACAAUCAGUUUCUCUCACUCCUCAUCCAAGCCACUGAUGUCAUCGUCCUAAUCUAUGGAACCUGGAAUACAGUGAACAUUACUGUCUGUCCAUGUUAUCAUUAUAAUACAGUGAACAUUACUGUCUGGUCCAUGUUAUCAUUAAAAUACAGUGAACAUUACUGUCUGUCCGGUCCAUGUUUUCAUUAAAAUACAGUGAACAUUACUGUCUGGUCCAUGUUUUCAUUCUAAUACAGUGAGCAUUACUGUCCAGUCCAUAUUAUAAUACAGUGAACAUUACUGUCCAGUCCAUGUUUUCAGUGAAUAUUACUGUCCGGUCCAUGUUAUCAUUAAAAUACAGUGAAGAUUACUGUCUGGUCCAUGUUUUCAUUAUAAUACAGUGAACAUUACUGUCUGUCCAGUCCAUGUUAUCAUUAUAAUACAGUGAACAUUACUGUCUGUCCAUGUUAUCAUUAUAAUACAGUGAACAUUACUGUCUGGUCCAUGUUAUCAUUAAAAUACAGUGAACAUUACUGUCUGGUCCAUGUUUUCAUUAAAAUACAGUGAACAUUA